UGGAGCAUCGGAGGGCUUCGAGCUUCUAAAGUCUCUAUAGAAACCGCGCGAGGAACACAAGACUUCCCGAGAUCCUCUCUCCAGCGCCGCGUCGGUCUCUGUCUUCAGGAUAUGAAGUUUUCUUUGCGCAAAUCCACCGUUUCCACUUUCGUUCUGCGUGAAACCGUGUGGGUCUGUUAAUCAGACGUGUGUGUGUGUGUGUGUGGUCUGGAUCAUGAGGAUGGAGAUAUAACCGCGCUCCGACUCUCAUCGAUCUCUUCACGUCUCAUGGCCAUGAGUGCGGACAAGCCGAACUUUCUGUCUCAACCCGAAGUCAAAAACAUCUACUUCUAUCGCAACGGGGAUCCGUACUACGAGCCCAGGCGCUUGGUGAUUAACUCGAAGCGGGUUUCGACCUUCGACACGCUGCUGCGGGAGGUGACCGGCGGCGUGAGGGCUCCGUUCGGCGCCGUGCGCAACAUCUACACGCCCCGAGCCGGACACCGGGUCCAGUCCCUGGAGCACCUGCGGAGCGGAGAGCAGUACGUGGCUGCUGGACGGGAGAGGUUCAAGAAGAUAGACUAUUUACAGAUAGGAACCAGGAAGAAAAAAACGCUUCAGCCCAACGGAGUGCUGAAACCUGUUCCUCAAAGUCGUGUGAUUGUAUCUGCCAGAUUCCUGAAGCCCAUCAAAGAACCCUGUGCAAUAUUUGUUGUGGCAAACGGAGACGUCCUGAACCCAGCGGUCCGGUUGCUGAUUCCCAGACGAGUGACCGACCAGUUCGAGCGGAUUCUGGAGAUGGUCACGGAGAAAAUGGGCCUGCGAAUUGUUGGAGGUGUGCGAAGCCUGCACACCUUUGAAGGGACUCUGGUUGUGGAUGGGAAGGAGUUAGAAAACGGACAGUUUUAUGUUGCUGUGGGCAGAGACAAAUUCAAGCUUCCAUACAGUGACCUGCUGUUCAAUAAACCCAUCGUCAUGAAGAGAGUGAACGGGUCUAAAGCUGCGUCUUUACCGCCGAUUUACAAAUACAGAAGACAGAACGGAGACGUGGGGAACCAUCAUCUGAGCAAGUCUGAGUGUGACCAGGAGAAGAGCAGUCCUCCGGCGCAGAGCUCUAAAGAGCAGCUGUCUUCUAUAGUCAGAGAGAUCUCACAGGCCAAACUCAUGAACAUACGCAAGAAGAGGAGUGAACUCACGGCUUCACAGGAGACUCAGGACCACGAUGAUGGAGAGGACAGAGGAGCAGAAGAAGAUGAUAAAUCUUCACCGGUCCAGCAGGAAGCUGAGGAGGCCAAUCCCGAUGUGGACCACUCAACCAAAGCAGAGAGUGAAGCGGCCCAAAACACAGAAGAAGAGAAGAAACCAGAGGAUGAAAAGAAUGAAGAGGAUGGAGAGAUAAAGGAAUCGGAGCCCGAGGCACGUGACGAAGGUGAAGAGAAGACGGAUGAAGAAGCCGGAGGAGAUGAGGAGGAGAAACCAGAGGAAGGAGAAGAAGAGCAAAACCAGGAGAAGACCGAGAACGAGGGGGAGCCUCCGGAGGAGAACCCCGGUCCCGGCGAGGACGCCUCCGCUGAGACUGAAUGAGAAACCCUUCAGAGCGUUUGAUAUCUGCUGCACAGGACCGUCGUUUCUGUGAGAGGACUACCCUUUAGAAGACCAUGACUGCUCAUUUAAUCAUAUUAAUCGUUUAUUGUACCGAGCUUCUAAUACUGUGAACAUAUUUAACAACCCAUUUAGAAAGUUAGGAUUUGAGAAAGUAUCUAUUUUCCAUAUAAUAUGCUAAAUUAUUGUAACAAAACGAGUACAAGUGCUAAUAUCUGAUAAGCUGAUAGGUGUAAUAUUUGCUAAAAAUAUAUAUUUAUUUUAGGUAUGUUUUUUGUCAAAGAAAGCUAAAUAUAUUGAUUCAUAUUUCAUCUGUUGUGUAUAUGUUAUUAUGGUUAUAUUAUCAUUUAAACUGACCUGAUUAACAUCAGUCCUGAAGGAUAAGCUUCUACGAACUAAAUACAGUCGACUGCUUUCACAGGUGUGUGUGUGUGUGUGUGUGUGUGUGUGUGUGUGUGUGUGUGUGUGUGUGUGUGUGUGUGUGUGUGUGUGUGUGUGU